AAACGAGAGUUUAUCAGUUCGGGUGCUGACUAACAUGGCCGCUUGUUAGUCUGUAAUUUUCUUUACUGUUUGCCACUGUUUUAGUCUCUCUUUCAUCCUGUUACAACUCUGCAUCGCUGUGCCCAGGACUAAGCGACUUUCAUAAAUUGGGUAGAAAAAGUAUUUUCAGCAUGUCUCAGAUAGUGAAUCAACCAGGUCAGAACCAGGGUACAUCUUUUCAAGGAAUCUUAACUACUAGCACUGGAGGCCCACCACCCUUGAGAUUCCCUGGAAAGACUGCCGUUCUUGCAACAAAAGUAUCUCAGUAUAGUCAGCUCUCUGCCAUGCAGCAGUCACAGCAUCUUACCCCUCACAGCAACCCCAGCAUGGCUGCAUCUACUUUGAUAGGGAGUGGGGGAGUUAUUUAUGGGUCUUCAAUGAGCACAGAGAAAGCAGGAACAGCUUCAGUCCACUCCACACAGCAGGCAGCGGGGGAAAUGCAGAAUGGAACCACUGCUGGGGGAGUGACCACAGGAAAGGCUGGGGGAGCAGGAGUGGCCCCGUCUAAGGGACAGAAUCAGGCUGCUCCUGUCUGCCAGCCCUUAGGGAAGGUUGGGGAAGGAGCAGACAAAAACGUGGCAAACACAAAAGAGAAGACGCCCAUGUGUCUUAUCAACGAACUCGCACGUUACAACAAGGUAGCUCACCAGUACACUCUAGUUGAUGAACAGGGCCCAGCCCACAAAAAGAUCUUCUAUGUCAAAUUGAAGCUGGGUGAGGAAGAGUAUUCAGCCUUUGGGGAGAGCAUCAAAAAAGCCCAGCAUGCAGCAGCAGCCAAUGCACUAGAAACCACCAAGUUUCCCCACCCAGUGCCCAAAGCUCCUAGAUACCAGAUUGAUGCAAAUGACUCCAGUAACAUAACACCUACUGUAGAACUCAAUGCCCUGGCCAUGAAGCGUGGCGAGCCAGCAGUAUACAAACUGAUAGAAACUCGUAGCCAGCAGCAGAUGUAUCCACAACAAAACAUGGACUAUCGUGGCUUAUACAAUCAGAGAUACCACUAUGGUCGUCCUCCAAGACCUUUUUAUGUCCUACUAAAAGUUGGGCUGCGUGAAUUUAUAGGAGAUGGUCCCACACGGCAAGCUGCACGACACAGUGCGGCAUCAAAGGCCCUUUCUGUUCUGAAAAACUUACCAAUGCCCAGAGAAAACAAAGUCAAAAUAGAAGCAGAAGAAUGUGCUGAUGGAGAAGAUGCAAUGAAGUCUGAAAUCAGUUUAGUGCAUGAAAUAGCUUUGAAAAGGAAUCUUGCUGUCAACUUUGAGGUGAUACGGGAGUCAGGUCCUCCACAUAUGAAGACUUUUGUGACAGUUUGUCAGGUGGGAGAGUUUGUCACAGAGGCUGAAGGCAAUUCUAAAAAGGUGUCAAAGAAACGAGCUGCAGAACUGAUGUUAGAUGAUCUCAGAAAAUUGCCUCCCUUGCCAUCUUCCACCUUAAAACCCAAGCUGAAACAGCCCAACAACAAGAAGAAGAAUAGAAAUAUUAUUAAAGUCCAGAAAGCAGACCCUAGCUAUGGUGUAGGCAUAAAUCCCAUAAGUCGACUCAUUCAGAUCAUGCAGGCACAAAAGAAAAAAGAACCAAUUUACACCUUGUUAGCAGAAAAAGGACUUCCACGCAAACGAGAAUUUGUUGUACAGGUGCAAGUGGAAGAGCAUGUUACAACUGGGGCUGGGCCUAAUAAAAAGCUGGCCAAGCGCAACGCUGCUGAGAGUAUGCUGCAGCUUCUGGGCUUCAGCCGUCCUUCCCCUCAGCCCAUUAAAUCUGCUAUAAAAAGUUCACAGUCAACUGAGCCUGGUUCAUCUGACAAGAAAGUGACAUUUGUAGAUGGCAGCAAACCAUAUGGUAAUGGAGUCGAGACAACAGGCACCAGCAUAUGUCAGAUGGCGCCUGGGUUGCUGCGUAUAAACCAGAUUACAGGCCUUGUCUCAGCUUCUUCACCUGCCCUCUCCUUCCCAGGUCAGGCGGAGAGCAAGACAUCGGUUCUGCCUGGUUCAGGUCCUCGAGCAGAACAACAGCUGAAUGAAAUAGCUUCCCGCUUGGGCAUAUCUAUCAAAUUUGAUGAGUUCUCCAAGAUUAAUAAUUCUGAACAUCUUACCUGCGUCACACUGUCAACUGCCCCUCCCCAAAUGCAUCAUGGGACAGGACCCACUGUGGAGGCUUCCCGAGAUGCCGCAGCUCUAGCAGCCAUUCACACUCUCUUAAAUGCCUCUGUUACUCUCAACAGUGAAGCUUUGCAGGGCAGUGGAGAUGUACCAGGGAUUAAAACAGAACCUGCAUCCAUUUCCACCUCCCUGCCCCAUCGACUUACAAGUGCUGGAGACAAACUGUGAACACCUUGUUGUGGCGUCAUGCUUGGAGUGUCACUAAUGGAUGAAUGGUGGCAGUGGCCUGUUGUGACUUUUCACUCCCUCCCUUCGUCCAUGAAAGACACAUUGCUGUCAAAGUUUACUGGUGGUCAGAUUGAACACUGAUCAGGUCUCAGCAUUCAGAUCUGAACACCUGGGUGAUCAGAUGUAAACGCCCAACAAUUUUCAAUGGUGUUUAGAUGUGAACAUCCUUCUUAAUUUUUUUUUUUUUUUUGGGGGGGGGGGUUAUGUUUGUGAAUUCACACUUUUGAUUUAAACUAUUUAAAAAAAAUUGUGACUUUGCAUGCAAAACAGUUGUUAGUAGCUUUAGCAAAUGCUUGGAGCUGAGAUAAAGAGUUUGGUAGGUGAAAGAGAAAGGUUCAAGCAUUAUAAAUUCAUUUGUUAGUUCACUCAUUGCUAACAGAUGUUGAUACUUUCUGGUAACUAGCAAUCAAGAUAUUGCGAGUCGUACAUGGUCUUUCUGAAGUCCAGCUUAACUUGUGUUUUGGCAGACUUAAGUCAUUCUAAAGCCUUUACUUUUGCAUCCUUGGAAAGACAGCAUCAUAAACUGGAUGAUCAUGUCAGCUGCUUCCUAGACUGAUUUUUACUCACCUUGAUUGUCUUUUGAGGUUCCAUCUCUUUAGAUUUCUGCUGAGCAAAGAACAAAAGCAUAGAACUACAGAGAGUUUCAUUGCCUGGACCCUUUGAACACAUUCAGAAGCACACAAGAACAAAGCAUUUAGGGAUGCCAGUGUUUCAGUGUGUUUUAAAUGGCACAUACAGUGGUCCGUCAGCACUCAAAUUGCUCUGUGCUCAAACAUUUUGAGAUCUGUGGGCUUAGGAUUGCAUGCUAGAGAUGAUUAUUAUUUAUAUGUUUAUACUUCUUCAGUGCAGAGUGUGCUUUGAACUCAGACUGAGAGUUCAGUGCACUUAUCUCGUGUAGUUUUAUUUAGGGCCUUUUAAUUGCCCAGAGGUUGUUCCAAGUUGUUUGUGAUACCAUCAGAAAAAGUAAAACAAAACAAAAAAAUCACACAAAAUACUGUUUGAACACAUAUAACAGACUGUUGUGCUGUGCUUGUCUUGUGCUAUGUCCAUAAGCUUUUACCUUUGCUUUAAGGUGGCAGGCAUGAACAUCUGUACAUUUUGUUUAUACAUAUUUAGGAAUAAUCCACAUUUGACAAAUUCAAAUUUCUGGUGAUAGAUCUAGGUCAGCAAAAAAUGAUGCACUAAUGAAGGGUAAGCAGUAAAAUCGGAGGACAAUUCAUGGCUUCACAGCAGGUUAGUGACAAGUUGCAUCCAGUAAUCUCUGCUGCAUGUGGAGUCACUUGAUAUACAAGGAACUAUUCAUCAGCUUACUGCAUUGUAGCCGGUUAUGAAGGCUGCUCUGUGUAUAGAGGAGUUCUUUUGAGGUCUGAUUAUCAAUAUUUUUCAAUAACCUUACAUCUUAUGGUUUUAAGAUAUGCUCAGUAUGUCAAAAAAUGAUUUGGAAGUGACUUAAGGACCAUUGCAGCUGUUUACUGUUAAUACUCUUGGGGGAAAAAAUGGUCUUCUUUUAGUAUGUUUGGCUUGUCAUCUUCAAGUUGGGCUUGAUUGUUGUUGUGGCUUAGGAGAGAACUUGAUCAUUAUCUGCUUUGUCUGAAGUUUUUUUUAUUUAGUUUUGUUUUUGGGGGAAAUGAGUGAUAGAUUCUACACAUUGGAAAAGAAGAAGUCUGUUAUUAAGAUGAACAAUUCCAGAAAAAAAUUUGGUCCAGGGUCUGAAAUUAUGAUGAAAGUCAACAGGUGAAAGAAUUUUUAAUGACUUUAUGGAAUUUACAAAUAUAGUAGAUGUUAAGACAACAUAGAUUAUUGAUGCAUACAUUGUCAUCUAGCCCAUCACAAGCUAGCUGUGUAAUGUAUCUGGCAGCGACAGCAGGGCAGCGAUGCCUGCUGGACACCGAAAAAAUUACUUACAACUAAAAGCACUGUUUGGCAAAGAUUUUUUUUUUCAAAGAGUGCAUGUUGACAUCUGCUAGUUUCAGUCGUUCUUAUUAAUACAUUUUCUUAGUGUAAGUGAUUUUCUUGCUCAGUUUCCAGACAUUUUACUUAAAUUAAGAUGGCUUUGAGAUUUAACAUCUGGUAGAACAAAGAAAAUGCUGAUGAAAUUGUGCCAUGUGUGUGUGUGAUAAAAAAAAAAAACAUUUUUACCAAAUGAAUUUCAGCUGGUAGAUGUAGAUGCAAGUCAGCAUUAGAUGAGGAAAAAAAGGAAGCUGUCCAUUUUGGCAUUAUUUAAAUUUCAGAUUAAAAAGGCAUUUUACAAUCAUGUUUGUUUUGAUUCUAUCACUUGUGUAGACAUUGUUAGUCUUCCCAUGUGCCCUACACUGCCUGUCUUCUUGUGGUGUACUUGUAGAAGUCUCAUAGGUUGUAAGCAGUGUCAUUUCAUGUCAAGCUGUAUUCAUAUAAUGAAGGAUAGAUGUGUGACUGCAGAUUCAGCAAAGGUGCCAGUUUCUAUUGUCAUCAGCUGAGAUAGACAAUGGGAGAUCAAUGCUGCAUUGACAACAUGGCUUUUUCAUCUUGAAAAGUGGUUACAGAAUUAGGUGUUCUUUAAAUAUAAAUACACAGCUACGAUCACUAAAGCACUAGUUUGAUUUAUUAAACAAUUUGGGUGACAAAAGCAAAGUUUAAAAUCUUAAAAUAUUCUUAAAAUCUAAAAAGAUUUAAAAUCUUUAAAUCCAUAAUGUGAAAUGUGUAGUGUUUUACUUUAAAUGGAGUUGAAAAUGAACAUACCAAAAGAUGGCAAUGGUCCGUCUUCAUUUUGAAAUUUUUGUAGUAUAUUGAUUUCAAAGAUAUGAACAAAAAUUUGUCUGAGAAGUGCAAUAAAAUAGCCCAAGGCAGGGGAAUGAUGUCUGGUUAUUUUUUACAUAUCCUUAUUUAAACAGUAUUUGUAAACUUCCAAAAUUUUGAUAUUAUUACGAAAAUAAACCUCCCCAUUCAAAUGGUGAGAAUGAUGACAAGCACAUGCGUGAUGUCUAGUCCAGAUCUUUAUUUUCUAUCCAUUUACUGUGCUAAGUCAGAGACCACUCCAGACUACCUAUGAAAAGGGUUGCAACCAUGAGUGAAUCAUUCUUGUACAUAUCUCGUUCCAGUCUGAAGUACUUCAGCCUACGUGAGAUGUGAAUUGAUUUUAGGGCACACAUGUAAUCAAUGUCCACAUGCUGAUAGAUAUUGUGUAAAGUUAACAAAAUGUUUUGAAAAUAAUAAACCCAUUUUUAAAAGA